CUUUUGUUAUUGUAGGGCCGGAGUUGGGAACGGGAUCGGGAACGGGACAGGAACGGGGAUCGGGAACGGGACAGGGAACGGGGACAGGGAACGGGGACAGGGCUGAGCCUGCGGGGACAUCAGGCCAGGGGGCUGCAGGCACAGCCGUGAGCCGGAGGAGAUGCGGCGGGAGCCGGGCCGCGAGUGACGGCAGCCGGGGGCGGAGGGCCGCAGCGCCAUGUCCCUGGGCAGUGACAGCGGCCCCGGCAUCGUGCACAGCCUGCUGUGCCACCGGCAGGGAGGGGACAGCGAGGCCUUCGCCCGCCGCGCCAUCCAGAGCCUGCUGAGGAAGCUGAAGGAGAAGAGGGACGAGCUGGACGCGCUGGUGGCCGCUGUCACCUCCGGCGGGGCGCAGCCCGGCCAGUGUGUCACCGUCCAGCGCACCCUGGACGGGCGGCUCCAGGUGGCCGGCAGGAAGGGGUUCCCGCACGUCAUCUACGCCCGGCUCUGGCGCUGGCCCGACCUGCACAAAAACGAGCUGAAACCCGUGAAAUUCUGCCAAUUCGCCUUCGACCUCAAGUGCGACAGCGUCUGUGUCAACCCCUACCACUACGAGCGCGUGGGGACCCCCGCCAGCGGUCUGAGCGUCCAGAGCACAGUGCCGCGCCCGGUGAAGGAGGAGUUUGUCCAUGACUGUGUGCAGAUGGAGCCGCCGGAACCGGGGGCCGAGCCCCCCGCCCUGCCCUACCGAGCGCUGCCCCCCCGGUGUCCCCCUGAGCCCCCCCGUGUGCCCCGGAUCUGCCCUGCGCUCCCCACGGCGCCCCAAGCGACCCCGCAGGACCCCCUGCUCCCCCUGCCCCACAGCGAGGCCCCCCCAGCACAGCCUCCCCCGCAGAACGGGUACCCCAAACCCCCCCAGCACAGGUCACCGCUGAGCUGGAGCAGUGCCCCCAUCCACACCCCGGCUUUGGGGGGGUCCCAUCCCGGCAGCCGGAGCCACCCAAAGCCCCCCCAGCACCACCCCAACCACUGCUGGCCCCCCCACCAUAACCCCGUGCUGCAGCCCCCCGUGUCCACCCACCCUGGGCCGGAAUUCUGGUGCUCCAUCGCCUACUUCGAGCAGGACGUGCAGGUGGGGGAGAUCUUCAAGGUGCCCUCCAGCUGCCCCAGCGUGGUGGUCGAUGGCUACGUGGACCCCUCCGGGGGAGCCCGCUUCUGCCUGGGGCAGCUCUCCAACGUCCAGCGCUGCGCGGCCAGCGAGAGGGCACGGCUGCACAUCGGGAAGGGGGUGCAGCUGGAGCGGCGCGGAGAGGGGGACGUGUGGAUGCGCUGCCGCAGCGAGCACGCCGUGUUCGUGCAGAGCUUCUACCUGGACAGGGAGGCCGGCAGAGCCCCCGGGGACGCCGUGCACAAGGUGUACCCCGGAGCACACAUCAAGGUGUUUGACCUGCGGCUGUGCCACCGGCAGAUGCAGCAGCAGGCGGCCACUGCCCAGGCUGCGGCCACCGCUCAGGCCGCUGCUGUGGCCGGCAGCAUCCCCGGGCCCGGCUCGGUGGGUGGCAUCGCCCCGGCCAUCGGGCUGUCGGUGGCCGCGGGGCUCGGCGUGGACGACCUGCGGCGCCUGUGCCUCGUUAGGCUGAGCUUCGUCAAGGGCUGGGGGCCCGACUACCCCCGGGCCAGCAUCACCUGCACGCCCUGCUGGAUCGAGGUGCACCUGCACCGCGCCCUGCAGCUGCUGGACCACGUCCUGCACGCCCUGCCCGACGCCCACGCCUGACUCUGGA